UCUCAGCUGUUCAGCCCCCCUCCUCCCACAAUCCUCCGCACAGAUCAAAACAAAUAACCCCGACCGGAGGACGGAGGCCUCCAUCUCGCCUCCUCGGCUACCUGCUGCCCCCCCUUCCCCCCUUUCCUGUACAGCCGCCUGUCCAGUGGCAGAAUACAGGCAGUGCCCACUGUCCCGCUGCCUGGCCUCUUACGGAUGCAUGUAUUGCAGGUGCACCGAUUACCUGCUAAAAGGAAAUUGACUCAAGUUGGUGAUCUAUUGAAACAUUCUCCUGCCCUCUGCUAAUGUGUUACCUUAUUAUUUAAAGCCUAAUUCAUACCAUGGGAGGAGCAGUGAGUGCUGGAGAAGACAAUGACGAUUUAAUUGAUAAUCUUAAAGAGGCACAAUAUAUACGUACUGAAAAGGUGGAGCAAGCCUUCCGGGCAAUUGAUCGUGGAGAAUAUUACCUGGAGGGAUAUAGGGACAAUGCCUACAAGGAUUUGGCUUGGAAACAUGGAAACAUACACUUAUCGGCUCCCUGUAUUUAUUCUGAAGUUAUGGAAGCUCUGCAGCUUCAACCAGGAUUGUCAUUUCUUAAUCUCGGAAGUGGAACAGGAUAUUUAAGUACAAUGGUGGGCUUAAUUUUAGGUCCAUUUGGCAUAAAUCAUGGUAUUGAGCUUCACCCAGACGUGGUUGAAUAUGCCAAGGAGAAAUUGGAAUCUUUCAUCAAGUAUAGUGAUAGCUUUGAUAAAUUUGAGUUUUGCGAGCCUGCAUUUGUAGUUGGCAAUUGUUUGGAGAUCGCAUCAGACAGUCCUCAGUAUGACAGAAUCUAUUGUGGAGCUGGUGUCCAAAAAGACCAUGAAAAUUACAUGAAAAUUUUGUUGAAAGUUGGAGGAAUAUUAGUAAUGCCUAUUGAAGAUCAGCUUACCCAAAUCCAGAGAACAGGACAAAAUACCUGGGAUAUUAAAAACAUAUUAGCUGUUUCAUUCGCUCCUCUUAUGCAGCCAAAUAAGAAUGACAACCAUAAAUCAGAUGCUGUGAGAUUACCUGCUUGCACUGUUCGGAGUCUUCAAGACUUAGCUCGAAUUUAUAUUCGACGUACACUUAGAAAUUGUAUCAAUGAAGAAAUGCAGGCUAAAGGUAUUCCUCCGAAAGCACCUCCAAAGCGUAAGCGAAGACGUUGCCGAAGACGUCGCAUAAAUACAUAUAUGUUUGUAGGAAAUCAACUUAUUCCUCAAACUUUAGACAGUGAUGAUGAUGAAAAGAUUGAUGAGGACAGCAAAGAGGAAGAAAAGGACCAUAAUGAAGCUUUGAAAGUUGAGGAACCUCUGCAAAACCAUCUUCGAGAAAAGAUUCUGAGCUUACCACUCCCAGAAUCUUUAAAGGCUUACUUGACCUAUUACAGAGAAAAAUGACACACUUGAAUCCACAACCUUCAUGCCUGCUGAUAUUUCAUUUACUUCUUGAAAAUGUAGCAUUUGUUAAUGAAUUGGGCAGAGAUACAGUGGACACCUUUAACUGUCUUAACACCAUUCAUCAAUUUUAGUUUGUUUUUUAAAAUCUAUAUUUUCUCUACAUUUUGAGAUACAAUGUACAAAGUUUUUAGCUAUAACAGGAUAUCACACAAUUUAAAGUGGUACAACUUGCAGUUUAGAAAGGCAUUCUUUUGAAUAUCAGACACAUUUCCAGCCAGAGUAAAUAUUCAUAGCACUUUUGGGACAGACCCCUGUACUUUAAAUGUCUGUAGUCCGUCAGUGUCAAUAAUUUAAAAAUGCGUAAUUCAUAGCAUUGCAUUUGCUAAUCGUUUCAUUGUGUUGGUCACGUGUUACAUAUACCAUUUAAAAAUGAAUAAGAAGUGCACUAGAUGUAAAUUUAAAAUGAGAUGUAAGCAAAAGUUUCCUACCUUUAUGUCAUUUCAAAGACUAUUGAAAGCUUCCAAAUGUGGAAAUCAUGUGUUUUAAAAAAAAAAUAUAAGAAAAAAUGCUUGUUACAAUCUUCAUCCAAAUAAUUAAACUCCAAUGUUUGUUCUAUAUACCUAAUGUGAUUCUAUCUGCUUUUUAAAGAUGUUUAAAUCUAUGUUAAAUAUCUAUAAAGAAUUGUUUUAUAGUAGUAAAGUAUAUUAACAAAAUAAUUGUAAUUGCUAACAAAAGAAAACUUGUGAAAACAAAAUAUAAAUGUCUCCAUGGUAAUGGUAAGGUCUUGUCAAGAAGUUUAGUGAUUGGGCUGUUUUUUUUUUUUCCUCUAUAAUAUGGUUUUGGUAAAAUAAUAGUUGCCAAGAUGGCAAUUUAAUUCAUACUUUUAGAGAACAGUAAUGCGUAAGAAAUAUGAGUUUAUCUGUUAAUAAACAGUUUAAUCAUCAUUGUUCACUUAACGUUCCAUUUGCUAAUUAAAUAUUUUAUGCUGUUGUAUGUUCUCUUAUUUGGGCCAAGUUACUUAAAAUAGAUUUAAAUAAGGAUUUAUUGCAUACAAGAGACAUUCAAAAAUUAAAAGAACAUACGGCAUGAUGUGACACAUUUGUAGCUUAUACCCAUAUUUGCUAAGAGUGUAGCAAAUAUUCAUUCAAUUGAAACAGUUACAUUCAGUUAUGCUUUGCAAAUUAGUUUCUUCUAGUUAUUUUUUUUCUGUGUGGAGUGUUGCUUAGCAUUUGCAGGAAUGUGACAUUCUUGUCUCUUUAAUGGCAAUGUGGGUUUUUUAAUGCAUUUAAUUAGGUACAGGGAAAUCUACAACGUUGAAACCUAAUUUGCUGGGCACAAAUGUAAAACAUUCCUUCUAAUGAAAUAUUACUAGUUACAAACACUCUUAAUAGAUGUCAUAAUGUAAUGCACAAAUGCAAUAGAAAUGUAAAAGUUAUAUUUUUGACAGUUUAUCCAGGAGCAAAUAGCUUUACUUCAGUGAAGACAUACAUUUGAAACAAUAUUGAGUUUAUUGGAUAAUCCAUGAUCUUGUUUGGUAUAUAAAUAUCUAUGGUAUCCUUUAAUGUUUUUGUAGUAUAUAUUUGAUUCACAUACCAGUAGACAGUGGUUAGAAUGAAUGUUUUGCAAUAUAUUAAAGUAGUCUUGCAUUUAACGUUUGCUUUAGUUAAUUGCAAUAUUUUUUUGUAGAAGAAAAAAAGGUUAUAACUUUUUUUUUUUUUCUCUCCAAGAUGCAGGCCAGAUGUCACUGUCACUAUUGUAGGUAUUUUAUUUUUUGGCAUUAUUUGUUUAAAGAGAGGCUUUGCGGUUAUCUAUAAUAUUUUAGUACUUGGAAAUGAGUGGUUUGUAUUCAGAGUAAUUAAAUCAUGUAUACUUACUUCAAAGUAUGUUUUUUGGGGGGCCUGAAGAGAAGCUGAGAUAUGA